AUGUUCAAAGAUGCUACGCUACGUCAAACUGUUCACCUAUCCGUUGGUGGCGGACGUUUUCGAUUUCAGCUAUCCAAUGCAUUUGGAGGUAGUGAUCUCCCCAUCACAGCAGCAUCACUGGCGUUUCCAGCGGACGGAAAGGCAGGAGCCAAUACUAUUGAUUCUUCGCACAUUAUUGGGCUCAGCUUCAAUGGGUCAACUUCGACUACAAUUCCGAAAGGUCAGGUAGUCUACACGGACGCCGUUGACUUUCCGGUACCAGCACAGUCAGUGAUUACGGUCACUCUAUAUUUACAAGCAGGGCAAACCGGAAACAGCAUCACCGGUCACCCAGGAAGCCGAACAACAUCUUGGAUGCAAGGGGGAAAUCAUGUGAAUGCGAGUGCAGUAACGGGGGCAAGCACUGUGCAUUGGUAUUUCCUAAGUGCUGUCGAGGCAUGGGCAGACGAACCAACAUCUGCCCUAGUUAUUCUCGGCGAUAGCAUCACUGAUGGACGAGGGAGUACUGAUAAUGCAAACAAUAGAUGGCCAGAUCUCGUCUUGGAAAAGAUGCAAAAAUCCGGCGUAACCAAUAUCGCUUCAGAUAAUCAAGCUGCCGGUGGCAAUACUGUUCUCUCUGGUGGCCUAGGCCCACCUCUCAUGCAGCGCUACAAGCGAGAUCUGCUACAGACGGCGGGAGUCAAGUAUGCUAUCAUAUUCGAGGGUGUCAACGAUAUUGGUGGCGGCUCAGCCGACUCUUCGACCCAAUCUCGCAUAGGAGACCAGCUCAUAUCUAGUUUUCAACAAAUCGCCUCGGACGCGCACAAGGCCGGGAUCAUAGUAUUUGGAGCCACCAUCACGCCGUUCGGCGGCAACGGACAGAGCUACAGUAACCCAACGCGAGAAGCGACCAGACAGCGUGUAAACAAUUGGAUCUUGGGCGGUGGCAACGGUAGUUUUGAUGCGGCAAUCGACUUUGCAAAGGUCCUGGCAGAUCCGGGGAAUCCGGCGAAUUUGGCAAGUCAAUACGACAGUGGUGAUCAUUUGCACCCAAAUCCAAAAGGCUAUCAGGCCAUUGCUGAUGCAUUCCCAUUGACUAUCUUCAAUAGCAACAGUACUCUACAUUGA